GGGAGGCAGGCGGUUCCCUUUGCUCCCGCGCUCAAGCUGCCCUUGAGCGGCGCGCCGGGCCUCAGCCCGCAGCGGAGGCGCCUCCGCCGCGCGCCCCGACGGCGCCCGCCCUCCCGCUGAUGCUGGAGUGAGCGCUGCGGCGACGGGAUGUUAGCGCUGCUGGCCGCCGGCUUGGCGAUCGUCGUGGCCGCCGGCGCCCAAGACGGCCCGGCGCCCGGCAGCCGCUUCGUGUGCACGGCGCUGCCCCCGGAGGCUGCGCGCGCCGGCUGCCCGUUGCCCGCGAUGCCCAUGCAGGGCGGCGCGCUGAGCCCCGAGGAGGAGCUGCGGGCCGCGGUGCUGCAGCUGCGCGAGACCGUCGUGCAGCAGAAGGAGACGCUGGGCGCGCAGCGCGAGGCCAUCCGCGAGCUCACGGGCAAGCUGGCGCGCUGCGAGGGGCUGGCGGGCGGCAAGGCGCAGGGCCCGGCAGCCACAGGCAAGGACACUAUGGGCGAUCUGCCGCGGGACCCGGGCCACGUCGUGGAGCAGCUCAGCCGCUCGCUGCAGACCCUCAAGGACCGCCUGGAGAGCCUCGAGCACCAGCUCCGAGUGAAUGUGUCCAAUGCAGUGCUGCCCAGCGACUUUCGAGAGGUGCUCCAGCGGCGACUGGGGGAGCUGGAGAGGCAGCUGCUGCGCAAGGUGGCAGAGCUGGAGGACGAGAAGUCCCUGCUCCACAAUGAGACCUCUGCUCACAGGCAGAAGACAGAAAAUGCCCUGAAUGCUCUGCUGCAGAGGGUGGCUGAGCUGGAGCGAGGCAACAGUGCGUUCAAGUCUCCCGACGCGUUCAAAGUGUCCCUCCCCCUGCGCACAAACUACCUGUAUGGCAAGAUCAAGAAAACACUGCCUGAACUGUACGCCUUCACCAUCUGCCUGUGGCUGCGAUCCAGCGCCUUGCCGGGCAUCGGCACACCGUUCUCUUACGCAGUGCCCGGGCAGGCCAACGAGAUCGUGCUGAUAGAGUGGGGCAACAACCCCAUUGAGCUGCUUAUCAACGACAAGGUUGCACAGCUGCCCCUGUUUGUCAGUGACGGCAAGUGGCACCAUAUCUGUAUCACCUGGACGACACGGGACGGCAUGUGGGAAGCAUUCCAGGAUGGGGAGAAACUUGGCACUGGGGAGAACCUGGCUCCCUGGCACCCUAUCAAGCCAGGGGGUGUGCUGAUCCUCGGGCAGGAACAGGACACCGUUGGGGGUAGGUUUGAUGCCACGCAGGCAUUCGUGGGAGAGCUCAGCCAGUUCAACAUAUGGGACCGCGUCCUCCGUGCACAAGAAAUUAUCAACAUUGCCAACUGCUCCACGAACAUGCCCGGCAACAUCAUACCCUGGGUGGACAACAACGUCGAUGUGUUUGGAGGGGCUUCUAAGUGGCCCGUGGAGACCUGUGAGGAACGUCUCCUUGACUUGUAGCUGCCUCCGGCUCUGUCUAGGCCAGGGCCGGGCUGUUCCUGUCAGAAGUGCAAGGCCACCUCCUCCCCCAGUUAAACUGAGUACAAAGCCCCCGCCAGAAUGGGCUGGGGCCCCCAAAGCUCAUUCCCAGGGAAUCUCGAAGGCCGAGGUUCUGUAGCGGCCCUUGUCACUGGAUUCUUUGUUCCUUACCAAGAUUAUGUUGUUUUGAGGGGGGACGUAGCCCUGAGCUUGCAGGUGGGGAGAUCUCUGACUUCCUGCUGGGGGUGGGGGGUUGAAGGCCCUUGAGGCUCCUUGCAGAGCCCCUGCCAUUGCUAGCACACCGCAGCCUUGUCCGCCCUCUUGGAUGCUCGAUGUCUCGUGUGUCCUGUCUGUCUGUCCCCUUUAAAGGCUGUGUGGCCCUCCUGCUGGAAUAUCUGUGUUCCUUGUGUAUAGAGUAUACCCUGCUGUCCCCUGAGCACAUGGCAAAGCAGCCCCUGCCGCCCACAGAAGGGCCUUUCUCUUAGUGUUCUUUACUAGGCUGUGAGGAACUCUUCAGCUCAAGGAGGGGGGCAGGCUGCCUGGACAAUGCCCUGCCUUCUCCAAGAUGGAGGGGGCGUCUGGGCCUCCAGAGGGGGCUGGGAGCAGGAACGCAGAAGGGAGUUCUGGAGAAGGGCUGUGGCAGCUGUCCCUCCCCCUCUGUCACCUCUCCGUCAGACUGAUGCUUUGAUGGAAUCAUCGCUGGGAAUGGCUUCUUUGAAAAGCCUCUUUUCUCCACCGGUGCCAAAAGUUCAGCUGCAGCUUCCACAACCAUUCGGUAUGGUCAGGCGGGAUUUAUUUUUUCCCAACAGAGAAGAACAGCCAUUAGCAGCCUUCCAUUUUUAAUGUCUCGCCCCACUGUGAGGAAUGUGCUAGUUUUAAUUCAUGUUGAUUCCUGUAAGCAUUUGACUGUCUCAAGUAUUUCCCCCAGAACUUUUUCAGGAAAUGGGAGUCAUUUGGCUGACAUUUGCUUCGUGACUCCAGGUUGCUUAAUUUAUUGGACAGAAGUAGUAAUUUAUUUUAAGGACAAAGUGAUGAAGUGGGGAAAUUUAUAAAGCUAAAUAUUAUAUAUUUUAUUUUUCAUACAUGUUUGAAGUGCAAAUAUGUGGAAAUUCCAUUUGUAGGACCAAGUUGACAUGCCCAUCCUAACAUUGUAUGCUACAAGAACUCUUCUGAUGAUGGAAUUUUGAUUAAAGUGCACUGGAAGAUGC